AAACCUGAUAUAACGUUUGUUUACCUUCGUUUCCCGAGAUUGUUUUGAUAUUUUACGGACAGGAUGUGUAAUAUUCGUAGCAGUUUCUAAAUUAUUUUAAAUAUAUCGUCGGUAUCUAACAUGAAUACUCUAAAAACGGUAUCCGGUAUCUGCUCUAUACUGAAACUGGCACAACAUGCCGACACGUGCCUGAGCUUGGGCACGGCCUAUCCCAUAAUUCAACGGUGUAUCAGCAUCUACAAAAUUCUACAAAGCUCACAUUACGAUGCCCUUGGCAUAACUCCAAAUUCAACCCAGAACGAUAUCAAACAGGCAUACUACAAACUCUCGAAGCUGUACCAUCCAGACAGAAACGAAGGAAGCGAAAGUGCGGCAGAAAAAUUUCGAGCCAUUACCGAGGCCUAUGAAGUUUUGGGAAACUACCGCCUGAGGAAGUUAUACGACAAAGGAAUCUUACACACCGCGGGGCGACAGUAUAGUCAACCUUCAGCGGUAUCAAAAGAGCCGGAAGAGGACGACGCUCAAACACGGUUCUAUAAAAAACGAAUGACUCGAACGCACGUUCCGGAUGCAUCCGGGCGAACGCCGAUUUACGAUUUCGAUGAAUGGGCUCGGAAUCAUUACGGUAGUAAUUUCGAACGGAGACAGAAAGCGGAACAAAAAUUCCGAGAAAGACAGGAAAGAGAUAGCAUAAUCAACACGACUACUACUCAAGGGUACGUGGUAUAUGCUGUGGCGGGUCUUGCAAUGUUGUACUUUUUUAUAUUUAUGCAUGAAAGGUCCUACGAUCAACCGAAAGUGGUGGCCAAAGAGCCGCAGAAAAAGGACUAGUUAUCAAGUUUGUUGUUAGUAACUGUUAAGGUGUAUCCUAAAUUGAUGUAAAUAUAUAACACUGAACAAAUUGAAUCCGAUUCUAAA